AUGGGCAAAGUUAGAAAUAGUAAUUUUGAGAUACUACGAAUUCAAAGUGCUGCUUUCGUGCUCGGUGCAGAUGUGCUGGUAGAGAAAAUAGGGAUGAACUCACAGAGCCUGUACGAGACCAUUUUCCAGGCAGAGACAGGUGCCAUAUCAGUGGAACAAGAACUGAAUAAUCCGGCCACUAGUUCGGAUGCAACAUUAGAACUAGCUGAUAAAGCUCUUGCCGAUGAACAUGUCACACAGUCUAAACAAGGGAAAGAGUCGCCCCUUAAGAGCUCAAAUGGUGCCUCUUUUGGGCCAAAACCAUCCAACGUAGACGUUGAAGACAACAAGGAAGGCAUCUUGACAGAUGACAUGAACGUAUGUGAUAAAACGCUUCUAUGCUUCAAUAAAUUUUACAGACAGAAGAGCUGGCACAGAAUGUUGCUGCUGGUUAUUGCCAUUACAGUCCACAAUAUUCCAGAAGGUCUAGCAGUAGGAGUUGCAUUUGGGGCUGUCGGAAAAAGUGACUCUGCGACGUUCAGCAGUGCCAAGUCUCUUGCUCUCGGGAUUGGAAUCCAGAAUUUCCCAGAAGGUCUUGCCGUCAGUCUACCUCUGCGUGGUCUGGGAAUGCCCGCGUGGAAGGCAUUCAUGUGGGGCCAGUUCAGUGGGAUGGUUGAACCUAUCUUCGGCAUGUUGGGAUGCUGGGCCGUCUCAGUGGCAGAACCAGUAUUGCCAUACGCUCUGGCAUUCGCUGCUGGAGCCAUGAUUUGGGUUGUCAUGGACGACAUUAUGCCAGAGGCGCAUUCGAGUGGAAAUGGAAAAAUAGCGUCGAUCGGAUCCAUUGUCGGAUUCAUUGUCAUGAUGUCUUUGGAUGUGGCUCUGGGAUAGCGUUUGAACGACUUCAUCUGUCACUUAUUAUCAACCUUUGGAAGGUUGAGUAAACAUUGAAAUGAUUAUCAAACGGUGAACUGUUGACCUGACAAUAUAGUUAAUGACAAGUACUUCAUAUCGACGCCAUUCACGGGCAUUGUUCAUUUUGCACCCUAGGUGACUUGAAAAUUGGGGUUCUUAAAAGUAUAAAAGAGAGAGUGUGGUAAUUUGGAAUCAUUUAGGGCCUUAAAGUGUAUUUUAUUUUAUUUCUUAUUUUGUCCUUUUUACUCCUUGUAAAUAUAUACAAAGAAAUUCAAAUGACUUAACUCACA